CCCUCAUUUAAAUAUCAUACCCAAAUCAAGACACCCAAAUUCACUUUGGAAAUCCACACCCCAUGAAGUUUCUCCCCCUACUUCCUACCACUAUCUUCAACGCUUAUUAUCGUGUCAAAGUAAGAUAGAAAAAAAUAAAAAAAAAUUCAUCAUACAAUAUUCAUAUCAAAUACUAAGAUCCAAACUCUCCGUUUCUAAAACGAAGGUAUUAUUAAAACCAACAUUCCAAGUACUUCCUCACUCCUCCAAAAAAAAAAAAAAAAUUCAUAUUGAAUUUUCAAAUUUAUACGUGAAUUAUUUUUUUUUUGUGGGACUAAAAUUUACUCUUUUUUUUUCCUCCAAAUUAUUGACAUUUCAAUUGAUUGCUCACAAGUGAUUUUCUGAGUCAUGGUCAAUUGAGAGGAUCCGUCACUGUUUUUGUCUCCCAAUAAUUUCAAAAAAGCGGUACCCACCAUAUUUAUCUUACCUCCAAAACACUGCCCUUUGCACCAUUAUUUUCUCUCCACAAGUUUCUCAGAAACUUCAGCUGUGGCUAUCAAUCCCCUGCUCUCUCAUCAUAUAUAUUCAAUCUUUGAACACAGUGAAACCUUUUUUCCAAAUAUUGAGAUCUCUCCAAAUUCAGUUCAAAACGUCAAAUUAUUCAACCACGGAUUGAAGAUCGAUGGCUGGAAUGCUUCCUGGAGUUGAAGUUGCAAGGAGAAGAAGAUUUCAUCUGAGCAGAGCAAAUGGAACAUUUGAUUCUCCUUCCCCAUCAUCUUCAUCUGUUACUACUUCAACCAGAAGGUCUUCCUUCUGCCUCUAUCCCAGCAACCAUGAAUCCCAUCUCAUCAGCUCAAUCCCCACCAUGCAGAGGAGCCCAAUGAUUGAUGCGUAUUGUAAUGAUCAGAAACUAGUUGACGCAGCUAGAGAAGCCAAAAAGAGGCUAGAUGGGAGACUCAGAGCUCAAUGGAAACCCGAAUCCAAAAGGGGUUUGAGGAACAACAAUUCGCAAAGACCCAGAAGAGAUGAAUUAGAGACGAGGCCAAUAGAACAACAAGAAAGAGAGGAGGUGGAAGUAACGCCAAGUGCAGAGAUUUGUGAACUGAGAAAAAGCGGAUCAAAGAGGUUUGGUUGGCCAAAGUUUGGUUGGAAAACAUCUGAACAGGACGAAUGUGCGGUGUGUUUGGAGAAGUAUAAAGUAGGAGAGAACCUAAUGCAGUUGCAAUGUGGUCAUAGGUAUCAUUCCAGGUGUUUGGUCCCGUGGCUCGAAAACAAAUCACAUUGUCCUUGUUGCAGAACGGAAUUGGUCUGAAUCAAUAACAAUAUUCGUGAUGAAACUAUCAAGAUCAAUAUCUAUGCGUUAGUAAUUUGGGAGCCCAACUUUCUAGUGAAUGUAUUGAGGUGUUGUUAUUGGUUGAAAGACGAAAUUUGUACCACUUUUGGUGUAAUUCACCAUUUUGUAUAGUGUCUUUUUUUUUAAUGAAUGUUAUUGAAACAAGUUUGAAGAAUAUGUUUCAAUUGAUAAUCUCUUUAAUUAUCAUAGUAUUACAUUAUACUAUUUUUGUCAUCAAAAAAUAGUUCGUAUUGAGUUCUCAAAUUUGAAAUAGCAGAUUACCUAUGUAGC